AUGACGAUCUUCGCCCCCCAUCAAUCCCAUAAUUCGGGCGACGAGCUGGCCGCAUACAAAAACAAAUCCGAAUCCCAAGUCAUGUCGACCGCCACAGAAGACCAGGUAAAGUCCGAGGCCCAGGGCAAGGACGUGCCCGAGGAGGAAGUCAAGGAGGUAGUCGAUAUCGCCAAGAAGGCCCGGAUCGCCCAGCAGGCCGCCGACACGUUCAAGGACCUGGCCACAAAGGCGCUGGACCCGGCCGAGCGUGAAAAGUACCUGCGCGAGGCGCACGCCAAGGAGGUCGAGGCCCACGGCCACAGCAAAAAGGCGCGCUUCCUGGCCAGCGGCUGGGGCCAGGGCGCCAUGGCCGGCGGAGGGAUGGGCGCUGCCGUCGGAGGGGGUCUGGGCACCGUCGUCGGCACGCUAGUCGGUGGUAUCGUCUCCAUACCCACCAGCGCCCUCGGAGCCCUCGGUGGCACCGCGGCGGGUGCCAUCAAGGGCCCCUUUGUCAAGCUGCCUGGCAUGGGCGGUAGCGAAAAGGACAAGGAUGGCGCCGAAGGGGAAGGAAAGGAGGCCGAGGCGGAGUUUUCCGAGGAGGACGAGGCGGGUCACCAAGCCGUCCUCAAGGCGGCCGAACAGGCCGAGGAGCUGGAGAAAUCGGAGGGAAAGAAAGAGUCAAGUAUGGACACACCCACCUCCCCUGAGAAAGCCCAUGAUAUUACUUCCCAACCCUCCAGAUACCUUAAGUUGAAAGUCGAGAUCCCCAACACGACAAGUCAGGUUCGGUUUAAUGGCUGGAUGAAAUCCAACCUGGGCUUGUUCAUUCUCGGUGUGACAGUUGUCUUUUACAUCACACCGUUGGCGCUUCAACACCUUACACGGACUUCUGCCAAAUCCUGAACAAGAGCUAACUGGUUUUGCUCCGAGCAUGUACAGACUGAAAAGGUUCAAGAUUCCUUU